AAAUGGUAAACAAUUCGGAAAGUCGGAGUCGCCACAAGAAUGGAGAAAAAUGUGGAAGUGAACGCCAAAAGCUUGCUGAUGAAUUGUCUUUUUUGGCAGGGUUGAUAAGUAAACAUAAAGAGAAGCCUGCUGCUAAAGAGAGUAAAUAUAAUGCAUCAGGAAACAGCUCAAACCAGUUUUCAUGGACCAAGGAAGAGGCAAGCUCAUCAUCCCAGUCUUCCAAAACUUCUGCCUUUCACAAGCAAGGUCAAAGGUCACAAGGUCCUAGUUGUUUUCCCUCAAAGGACAGCUUAACUUGGAAAAAGGUGAAAGAAAGGCGUGAUGGCCCUUUGACUACCUCAGCCACAAGAUACAAAUAUGUUUCAAAGGAUGUGCACAGAACAGCAAUUGAGAGGGGUAAGAAUGCCUCAUGUGGCAAAGGUAAAGCUGAUGUUUGCAAGGAGGAGAAGCCGUCUUCAGAAACAGCGAUUGGUCAACGUCCAGCGCCAAAGCAAAAUGUCCAAGCCAGGAGGAUAGUGAUACCCCCUCAAGGAAGCAAAUCAUUAUUGAAACCCACAAAGACAUCUUCAGAAAAUUCGAAAGCAGGCCUUCCAUCGAGUAAACCUAUGUUGGUCAAGUCCGAAGGGAUAGGUAAAGCAGAUCCGUUAAAGCAAGGUAUUACCUCAAGAACAGCAACAUCAGUCAAACCUGAGCUGGAAGGCAGUUCAUCGGAGUCACACAGACACAGCAAUAACAGAAGAUAUGUAAUACCCCCAUCUCAGAAAACAAGUGUUGCAAGUGCUUUGAAACCGGUUGCCAACCUUGAUGUCCGUCAUGGUUUAUCAAGGAAUGUAGGAAAACAAACCAUUGUUGUCAAGCCCUCUCCUUCUCUUUCACAAGCCCAGACAAGUACCGAUACAGCUACUAAAAUAAUCUUGCCAGAGCAGUCAACUAGAAUUGUUCAACCUCAGAAGCAGCCUGCAGAGCAUCCCAACGCUAAGGUCCUUGCCACUCUUUCCAAAGAAUUGGACAAAUGCCUUGGGGAUAUUGCGCGAUUGAAAGAUGCCAGAACUCAAUUAAAGGAUGGUAAAUCUGUAUCCACUGCUGGCAUCAGAAAAGCCGCAUUUAUUAAUGUAAGACAUACAAACUCUGAAAUUAAGUCUCCAGUUGAUGGCAAUCAAAAAGUCAGGAGUAGUCAGGGAUCUAUUCUGAAACCUAGCAAUACAAAAGAGGAACAGAAAGACUCCAAAUGUGAAAAGAAUGCAGCUGGAACUGCAAGUAGUGCUGCAGCCACAAGCAGUGAUUAUAAAUGGGUGGCUCCAAAGGUGAAGUCAGAAAAGGUACCUUCUAGUCAUGUGAAAAAUAUCAACAAAACAAAUGUGGAGAGUGCAGACAGCCUUACGCAGAAGAAAAAUGUGCAAGUUGGAGCUCAGAUUGGGACUGGAAUGAAUAGUCUCAACACAGGAUUAAAUACUAUGACGCAAAUCUCUUCUCCUCGGGUAAAAGUUAUAAGAACAAGGUACAAAAUGAAGAAGCAGUUGUCAACUGCAUCAACGCCGUCUUUGAUUUCUCGACAUAAAGUUGAUCGUAGGAACUCGGUUGGUGCGUCUGCUAUGAAGUCGACAGAGAACACUAAUGUGCAAACAUGUGAUGUGAAGAUAAGUAGAUACAGGCUCGUCAAGUCGUCUUCACAUCCUGGUGAACUUUCCCAGAAGCAUCCGGACACAUCUUCGUUAUCUCCGCACAAGCAGCAAAUUGCCAUCAACACAAGAUACAAGAAGGUUAAAGGUCACCCGCCUGCAUUGGGAAGUCCGGUGAAGCCUGCCAUCGUUAUUCCUCACCGUUCACAGCUCAAGCUGAACAGGAUAAAAACAAAGCUCCCUCAUAAGAACACACCAAAGAUGGCCUCAACUUCAACUACGACUAGAAAGCAGUCAAGGCAUAAGAUAGGUAAUGAUUGCUAACAAUUUACAUCCACAAUAA